UCUACUCUUAUGUCAGCUGCUCCAAGCCACUGAAUCAAGACAUAAACACGCAGCUUUCUCCUUUCUGUCGGGAUUUCACAUAUGCAGUUUUCCUUCUUAUAGUACAAGCUUUGUAGUAAGUUUAGCUGUACAUCUGUGGACUAGAGACUUUGUAGAUGUAGUGAAUGCACUGGCUUAAUUGCAUUUGAAAGAAAUUAGUCUUUUUCGUAACAGUAUUUACUUUCAGAUAUUUCCCUUUGUAUUCCAUCUCUGGCAGUUACGUUUUGCUGGUGGGGAUGAGCAGGACUUUACAGAACUUUAAUACUGUUUCUCCUAAUUUACUUACCUGUAUUUGCAGACUUUUAUAUUUUUAUUGUCAGCUGAAAAGACAUGAAGGUGGCAGUUUUGGAUCUGGGAACUGUAUUUGCUAAAUUUUUCAAAUCAUCAGUUUCUCCUUUAAAUUCUGGGCCAAGCAGCAACCCAUUUUCUCAAGGUUCCAACACUGUCACUUCUUUGGCUCCAAAAACGCCUUUCCUUUUACUUUCUGCACCACCUUCUCCAUUGCAUAUUCUUAGUACUUCAGCUUCUUCCCUUUCUCGAGUUCCCUCCGGAAAGUCCACCAUUCAUACAAAUGGGAUAUCUGCACCAAGUAGCCCAUCUCAUUCAACAAAACCCCAAACUUUAAACUCAGCUGCUGCUAGCGUGUUACCACCAUUACAACAAGUUCAAGAGGAACAAUGGACAGGGCCCCAGACGACCACUUCAUCUCCAACAAUGCUGACUACUAUCCUGGUUCGCCCAGCUAGCAAUCCAGUAAUAACCACAAGUCAAUCUAACCACUCUAAUCGAUCACCAAGGCAUAUUCCGGAGUCUUCAGUUUCUGGUUGGAACACCAAGUCCAUGCUGUUUACCCUGCCUGAUAUUGGUGAAGAGGGCACUGAGUAUGAGGACAGCCAUCACAGUCAAGGAAAGGGAUUGUCUCGAGGAAGCAAAGACCAUUGGGUGGACCCUCUGCCAGUUCAUUUCACUCUCCCUGUGCAGGAGGCCAUCCAUAACUACACAUGUGAAUCGAUUUACUCUCUUCCAUCCAGUGGACAAACUACCCCAACAGAAUUAAAUAAUUCAUGGUCAGGAAUACAGAGCUACACUACGGGACUGUCCACCGAGAGGAGCUCAGUCUAUUCCUGGACAGACGAUGAGUUCGAAAAAGCUAAUGCACAGAGGGUCCAUCAUUUGUUCUGGGAUGUCGAUGAGAUGCUUUUUGAGGGCGCUGUCAGUUCACAGAACAAGAACCUACAAGCAGAGUGCAAAGACUGGACUGAAAGAUCACCCCAUCUCAGGAUAUUAGGAAAACAACAAAUUUUUCCUAAGGAUGAAGGCUUUCAACAUAUUCAGAGUAAAACUUCAAAACCCUCCACAACAGGUUCCAGUACUGGUUACAUAAGUACCACUGAAGAUAUUGGAUCCUUGGGACAACUUUGUGUGUCUGGGUCGAGGCUGGUCCCUUCAGCUUCUCCAUUACAAAGGACUGAGGAGUCCAUAUCCAGCUCAGGUUCUCUGGACUUUAUAUCAUCAACGUACUCCUUUCUGGAGGAAGAGAUCUAUGAUGCAGAUGGCACUGUUGAAGAAUACCUUGCAUAUGACAGCAGAGAACAUGAUGAUGAGAGUCUUCUGGAUCAGAAAAAAGCUCACAUACACCAGAAGAGGUCCAGGCGUGGCAUUCCUCCUGUGUCUCCUAAUGACUGCAUCAAAGACAGUGUAGCUGCAGAAGCUUUUGAUGAUGUCUGGAAAAAGGUUAUGGAAUCCUUGAAAGAGCUCAUUAUUAAAUCAUGGGAAUUUGGCACAGAUGAACUGAAACAAUCAGAACAUAUUUCAAGUGCAGCAAAUAAGUAUCUCCACCUCCCAAUUCCACGGAUAACAUCAGCAACAACUGGAGUCCCCCCAUCCCGAGGUUCAGAGGCGCGGAGUAUGUCCUUUGGCACGUAUGUCUUUACACCACCGACUAGUCGUAACUUAAGUGGUGACCUGAAUGGAGUAAUGACAAUACAAGCUAAACCAUUACAACACAGACAUUCUAUUCUCCCUGAGAAGACACAUGAACAAGAAGACAAAUCUUUAAACAUUUUUCCAAGAGGACUGAACUCUGCACGGAACCGGUUAGGAAAGUUAAAUGACAGCAAUGUUCUGUCAGCCUCUCGCCUUCUGCACACUCCUUCUAGGAAAACACCGACACAUCGAAGACUGCCAGCUCUCACUUUAGAGCCCAUCCCAUCCAAAACUCCUAAUGUUUACAGUGAUGAAGUGCUCAGGGGUACAAAACUAUACACAGGACUGGAAAGACUAUCUUCACCAUCUAUCCAAACCAGCAGGAAUAAGUUACCUCCAAUUAAUUCUGAUACAGUAGAGCAACAUCUGUCUGUACCCGGUUCUCGUCAUUCAGCUAACAGGGGAAAGUAUCCUCACAGCCGGAUCUCUAGUGCUGUACCUGAUACUACAGGAAGGCGCCCCCUACGGGAGAGAACUGUCAUUGUGGAACAAUUUUCAAGACCCAAUACAACUCACACUUUCAGGUCAGAGACAUCUCAUAGAAGAUCUUUUACUCCUUUGGAUUUUGCUAAUCAUACAUGGACAGGACAAGCUUUCCUAACAAGUUCCCAGUAUCAACCAAAAUCAUUUCAGAGGAAUGCACCAAAUGCGAGAAGAAAAUUUCAAGUUGCCUCCUAAUGAGCAGUAACAUGGACAACGCUUCUUACCUAAUUAGUGGGUGCACAGCUCUCCCAAUCCAUGUGUUCACAAAUAGUUCUUGUAUGUAACAAACUGGCCACUUUUAUAAAAGACUCUUUAAGA